UCCACCGGUCAUCUGGAAGUAGGAGACGUGCUGCCGAUACCGUGGUGAAUCGGACUUUUUUCUUUUAUGAAAGAGGGCAGAGCAGGAGUUUCCUGUUAAAGCAGAGUUCUGGCCGCAGCCCCGGUCCAGUUUACCGCUACUGAGUCAUGCCGCCCACAGCUUUUCAGGGACCCUUUUGUUGAAAUCACCUGGAGCAUGGAGCCGGCGAGGGAGAAGGAGACCUUGAGGGUUCUGGAGACCUCUCUGUAGUUUGAGGCCAGGUGGUGCGAGGGAGAAACCGCAGUUUUUCUUCGUGUCGGGUUCUAGUAACAGCUCUCCGAAGUCAGUGCACAACAAUUGGAGGAGGAUGAAUGUUACUUCAAGUGGCUCAGCACAGAGGCUCACGGUGCUUUUGUGCUUUGAGGCCGUCACAAAAGAGAAGCAGGCCCUCAGAGCUCCCGGGAGUUUCUUUUCUUUCUUUCCACAUUGAAAAAGGACUGCAGUCUCUUUGUGUAAAGCAGCUUAUCUUGGUCAAAGCACCAGUAGUGACAGCUAAUCUGUUCUUUUCUCUGGAGGAAUAUAUGCCUUUUUUUUCCGCAAGUCUUUCACAGAUUUUGCAGGCUUCCAAAUAAAACCUCUGUUUCUUCCAUAUAUCUCCUGCCGCUGAUGGUAAACAUAUUAGGAUUAGAAACGACCUUCAGGAGUUAUUUCAGAUGCACUGCUCUUUUAGAUUAGAAUUUAAAAAUAAUGAAGCACUGCAUCCGUUUACUGUUGACUGCUCCGUGGCUUAAGUCUAAAAUAGCAUAAAACACUGUUGCAGCGUAAAAUUCCUGUGUAGAAACUUUAAACAACGUAGUAGGUACAGGAUUCUCAAGGGGACAACCGUGUAUUUUAUUUUAAAAACCCCAAUGGUUAUGCAUGCCUCAUUCUGUGAAUGUCAGCUGUAGAUGGCAGAUGAGGAUGAGAAAUGGUACAAUUGUAUUGCCAGUUGCGUCUGUCUUAAUAGGAGCAGGUAGUCCUUCAGGCCUACAGUUGACUCGCUCUGAAGGGAAGCUCCCCUUCCCGCCUGCCUGCCCCUCUCCAGCACACGCCUGCGGUUAAUUGCCGUUCGGAAUGAGAAUGGGGCUCUGCCUGGGGCCCUGCCCUUCCCAGGGAGAGCUGCCAAAGGUCAGGCGCCCAGGGAGGCGGCGCGUGCCGGAGAGCAGCGUCCCGCUCCAGAGCACACGCUCCGGCCCCCCUCCUCCCUGUUCCCGCCUGAGCCGCGCCGGGGAGCGCCAUGCCCGCCGGCUGCCGCCGAGCCGGACGUGAUUGAGACAGCCGAGCCCCCCAGAAAAACCCCCACCUUGGCUGCUCUGCUCAGUCCUGUUGCUGUUCCCGCUGUCUUCCUGGAGUAUGGUGCUGCACGGAAGCACAGCCCUUUUAACCUUGAAAGACAUGUAAAAUUCCUGGUGUAUUUUUCGCCCUGCGGGGAAGCUGGAGGAGCUCAUGGUUUGGGCUGUGGGCGUUGCGAGAGGAAGAGGAGCCUUUUUUGUUUCUGUUACUAUAGCAUCAGUCUGCACUUGCCAGUGUUCCUGUAGGUGCCAAGGACACACAUAGGAAACCCCCUACGGGAGACAGCAGAAACAGGCCUAAGGGGAGUUCUGAUGUGAAAUCCUUUCUGCUGAAGCCGAGUAGAUGAACACACCAAGUUACAUUUUAUCGGAAACAGGGCAAGAUGUUCUAGAUGGAUCAGAGAAACUCCGUUUUAACGACAAUGGGGAAUUCGUAUGCUGGGCAGCUGAAGUCCGCACGCUUUGAGGAGGCUCUUCACAAUUCCAUCGAGGCGUCUUUGCGCUCCAACAACCCGGCUCCGCGGCCGGUCUUCUCGCAGCUGUACCUGGAGCCCGAGCCCUACGCCAGCAGUCUGGAAGAUGUGAAGCCGAAGGUGGAGGGCCUAGAGAAGGAAAUCGCCCUGCACCCCCCCGAGAGGGCGAGCCAGGAGCUGGCGAAUGGACAGGCCUCCAACAGCACGGAGAAUGAAGAGGACAUGGAGGACGAGGACAUGUCUGACACGAGCAGCCCUCCCAUUCCCUACUUGCAAAGGCCUGCCCCGGAGGGCUCCUGCACGCUGGACGGCUUCUGCCAGGCAGGCAAGGACCUGCGCCUGGUCUCUGUGGCGAUGGAGCAGAUCGAGGUCCCGCCCGGGUUCGAGCUGGUCGGGGCCAAAUCGCCCAGCAUCCCUGAGCACAUCCUGGUCUGUGCCGUGGACAAAAGGUUCCUACCCGACGACAGUGGGAAAAACGCACUAUUAGGGUUUUCGGGAAACUGUGUAGGCUGUGGGGAGAAGGGGUUUCGCUACUUCACGGAGUUCUCGAACCACAUCAACCUGAAGCUGGCUACGCAGCCCAAGAAGCAGAAGCACUUAAAGUACUACCUGGUGAAGAGCCCCCAGGGGGCUCUGUGUAAGGGCCCCCCCAUCUGCUGGAAAGAAUGUAAGACAAGACAGCCGUCCAGCAGUGUGUCUUCUGCCAAGCCGAGUUCUUCUACGUCCCAGACUGCCAAGCCAGACAGCGGUGCGAGCAACGGCCCCAGCUCCCCGCCUUGUCUUCACUCAGAUUCUCCACCCAGUCAGACGCAGGCUUCUUCAGCCAUGAGCGUGUUCGGAGGUCAGGACCUGUCGAGGGAUCUCGGCUAUGCGAAGCCCCUGGCCUUGACCUUGCCUCAGGGGAGCAGGAACCCACCUACAGCUCCCGCGGCUCCCCGAGCGGGCGGCUCCGCUCACGGGACGAGCAGCGGAGGCCGGCCGCCCCCGAGCCCCUCGCAGCCCCCGACAUCGGGAGCACAGCCGCUGUGCUCCAGCCUCGGACACCGCGCCCCCGACGCAGCCUCCAUGAGCUCCGGCCCCCCGAAGAAGCGGCACCGCAGCUGGUACCCUGGGUCCCCCGUGCCUGCGCCCCCCACUGCAGUCCCGGUGCCAGCGGUCCGACCCGCCGUCCACCCCUCCGAGGCCCUGCUGCCCCUGGUGUCUGGAGUGCUGCAGCCCCAGGCCCUGCCUGCAGGAGACACUGUCAUUGUCCCCGACAACCUGCUCAACACCUCCUCAGUCAGGCCCGUCAUCCUCAUCGGUUAUGGCACUUUACCUUAUUUCUAUGGCAACGUGGGGGAUGUCGUGGUCAGUCCCCUGCUUGUGAGCUGCUACAAGAACCCCCCAGUGAGCUACAAGACUCUGGAGAGCGUGGGGGUGUCGGUCAGCCAGCUCCUGAGUGUGGAGGACAUGAUUUUGCUCACUGUGCAGUAUCUGGUUCGAUUAGGCCCGGACCAGAUUCCCCUGCGGGAGGAGUUCGAGCAGAUCGCCCUGAAGGCUAUGCAGGGCGAGCGGCCUCUGCAGGAGCAGGGGGUCCCGCAGCCCGGCCCCGGCGCAGCCUCGAUCGCCCCCGCGCAGCUGCCCUGGCUCGCCCGUCUCGCCGCCAGUGUCUCUCAGGACUCGGUGCAGGUGCUUGUCACCCACAGCUCCCUGGGGGAGGGCAUCUCGGAGUCUCUGCGCUCCCUCAGCGAGGUGCCGCCCCAGCAGCGCCUGCCUGACUACGUUGUGGUCAUCUGUGCCUCCAAGAUGCGCGGCAGUGAGUUCUGUGUGCUGGUCUUAGGAAAAUAUCAGUCCAGAGCUCUUGCUGAGAGCAUGCUGACCACCAACGAGUUCCUGAAGGAGAUCAGCUAUGAGCUCAUCACUGGCAAAGUCAGCAUCCUCGCCUCUCACUUCCGAGCCACCUCUCUCGGAGACAAUCUGGACAGGCAGCUGGCGAGGUUCCAGAAGAGGAGAGGCGACCGGGUCACUCCGCCUUUCCAGGGGGACGUGGGGGACUGCGUGGAGUCGCAGGAAGCCGCCGCGAUGCUGCCGGACGCUGACACGGGCCCCGUGGGCGACGUGUUCCAGAUCUACCUCCCCCAGCUGGUGGCGGCCCGCAGGCUGCUGUCCCAGGUGUGCUCCAUCGCCGACUCAGGUAGCCAGAGCCUGGACCUGGGCCGCUUCUCGAAGGUGGACUUCCUGGUCCUGGUGCCGCCCUCCGAGGUCUUGGUGCAUCAGACUGCGCAGCGCAUCCAACAGUCAGGGGUUCUCCUGGACUUGGGUCUGGAGGAUGCGUCUUCCGCCACUCAGAAGUCCGACAAAUACGUCGUCCGCCUGGACAGUGACGUCCACAGCAAAUUCGAGGCCUUCAUGAGGAAGGUCAAGCAGAACCCCUACACCCUGUUUGUCCUCAUUCAUGACAACUCACACGUGGAUCUGACCAGCCUGAUGGCGGGCUCGGUGUCUCACGGGGAGCUGCAGGGGCUGGCGGACAGGGUGAUCAACUGCAGGGAGGUCCUGAGCACCACCAACCUGCUGGUGCUGCAGGUCAGCUCCUUCCCCUUCACGCUGCAGACGCAGCAGUCCAGGAUCGGCAUCUACAACGAGGUGCACUGGCCAGCGCCGGAGAGCCUGGAGGAGUGCGGUCCCGAGGAGCAGGUCUACUUCGGCCUCGGGGACUACAGCCGCUCCCUGCAGUGGGGGAUGGCCAGCCCCAUCCUGAGGUGUGACGAUGCCUUCGAAAAAAUGGUCAACACCCUGCUGGAGAGGUACCCUCGCUUGCACAGCAUGGUAAUCCGGAGUUACCUUCUGAUCCAGCAGUACACCGAGGCCAUGAUGGCGCUGGUCGCCGUCUCCUCCCUGCGGGACCACGCCACCCCCGAGACCCUGGGCAUCGUGGACGACCUCAUCAGCGCCCCGGGCCGGGACAAGAGCGGGCGCGGCCACAUGCUGCUGAUCCGCGUGCCCUCGCUGCAGCUGGCCAUGCUGGCCCGCGAGCGGCUGGAGGAGGUGCGGGACAAGCUGGGCCUGCAGUUCCGCUUCGAGGUCAUGCUGGGCAGCCCCUCCGCCGAGCUCAGCCUGGCCAAGCACUUCGUCGCCCGGCUCAAGACCUGGAGGGGCUGUGAAAACGAAGACUGGGUGCCCCACACCUACGAAGAGCUGGAGGGGCUGCCGUGCAUCGUGAUCCUGACCGGGAAAGACCCCCUGGGGGAAACGUUCCCAAGGUCUCUCAAGUACUGUGACCUGAGGCUGAUCGACUCCAGCUACCUGACGCGCACCGCCCUGGAGCAGGAAGUAGGGCUGGCCUGUACCCAUGUGUCGCGUGGGGCGGUGCAGGAGCCGCUGGGGACCAUGGGGCUGUCCGAGCAGGAGCUGGACAAGGCGGCCUGCAGCGAGCACGACCCCGAUGAGCUGCACAUUGACCUGGAGAGGCCCCAGAGUAACGGCAGUGCUGUCACAGGCACCUCAGGCUCCAUCGCGGAGAACGGGGUGAGCUCCUCCAGCGUGGCGGACUCCUCCCAGAGGCCGGCCGGCUCCGGCUCCGGCUCCGGCUUCCAGAAGGUGGGCAGCAGCCUGGAGGACGAGGGGCUGAAGCAGGAGUGCGACUCGCAGGAGAGCCAGCUGGCCAGCAACGGCACUGCCGCCGCCCCCCAGCCGUCCUCGUCCAGCACGGCUUCCUCCUCCUCCUCCUCCUCCUCCUCCUCGCAGAGGCCUAGCCAGUCCACCGGAGGGGGCCGCAGCAGCCCGGCCGCCCAGCCGCGCGUGGUCAUCCUCUCGCGGGCCGCCUACAAGCUGUUUGUGGGGGAGAGGGCCGGCCAGAUGCACUCCUUCUCCCUCCUGCCCCACGCGGACGUGAGCUGGAGCAGCCCCCUGCGGCCCCUCUUCCACGGGGAGCUCGGCAGUGCGCAGCAGUCCCUCUACUACCGCCAGUGGACCACGGCCCGCCAGCACCACGCCGACUACAGCGCCCAGCCCGGCCAGGAGGGGGCGAGCUUGCACCCCCGGCGCCUGCUGCUCACCGGCCCUCCCCAGGUGGGGAAGACGGGAGCCUACCUGCAGUUCCUGAGGAUCCUGUUCCGCAUGCUGAUCCGCCUGCUGGAGGUGGACGUGUACGACGAGGAGGAGCUGGAGGAGGAAGUGCCGGACGUCUCCGAGUCCACCCAGCCCACGACUGACCAGUGGCCAGAUGUUGAAGCUAUCCGAAAGAUGCCCUUUGACCUCCUUCCCCGGGAUCCCAAGUUUCGCCACAGCAGUCCUGUCUACACAGACAAGCCGAACAAGUCCUUGCAAGGCUAUCACAAGGAGGUCAAGCAAGAAGUGCCUGCCAAGCGAGAGACUGUGUCAAUAAUGUUAACCAAGUAUGCUGCCUACAAUACCUUUCAUCGCUGUGAACAGUGCCAACAUUAUACAGAAGCCACCCCAGCCACUCAGCUGUCCGACUGCACCUUCCACACCUUCACCUUCUCCUCCUCCAUGCUGGGUGAGGAGGUCCAGCUGCAUUUCGUCAUCCCCAAGUCCAAGGAGCGGUUCUUCAUCUUCAGCCAGCAGGGCAGCCACCUGGAGAGCAUGGUGCUGCCCUUGGUGUCCGACAAGGAUCCGAGCUUGCUGAAGAGCCCCAUCUUCACUCCCACCACUGGGCGCCACGAGCACGGGCUCCUCAACAUCUUCCACGCACUAGAGGGCGCUGCCCACCUCCACAUCCUGGUGGUGAAGGAGUACGAGAUGCCCCUGUACCGCAAGUACUGGCCCAACCACAUCCUGCUCGUCCUGCCCGCCAUGUUCAACAGCGCCGGAGUGGGAGCCACCAGGUUUAUGAUCAAGGAGCUGUCCUACCACAACCUGGAGCUGGAGAGGAACCGCCUGGAGGAGCAGGGGGUGAAGAGGCAAGAUGUCUGGCCAUUCGUCAUCAUGAUGGACGACUCCUGCGUCCUUUGGAAUUCGCACAGUCCCCAGGACACUGGCAGCGAGGCAGCCGACGCAGGCCCCGGUUUCAGGAACGUGUCCCUGAAGUCGGUGAUCCAGCACGCGGAGGCCACGCCCAAGGUCACUCUGUACGCCAUGUGCGGCGUGCGCAAGUGGAGCAGCCGCCUGCGCAGACGGGGGCCCGGCACCGGCUUCUCUCGCUGCCACGUCCACGACUUCGUGCUCCUCAACGUGGACCUCACCCAGAACGUGCAGUACGACCUCAACAGGUACGUCUGUGAGGAGGUGGACUUCAACCUGCGGGUGAACAGCAGCGACCUCCUGAUCUGCCGCUUCAACAACUUCAGCCUCAUGAAGAAGCACAUCCCCUUCGGCGGACACAAGGAUCUGGUCAUUAAGCCCAAGCUGCUGGUGUCCGAGAAGCUGGCCUCCAUCAGCCCCUCUCAGUAUGUCUGCGCUCCAGACAGCGAGCACAUGGCCCUGAGUGCCCCGGCGCAGUUCCUGCUCGAGAAGUUCCUGCAGCACAGCAGCUAUAAGCUCUUCCCCAAGGCUAUCUACAACAGCAAGAACCCCGUCCUGUCCAUCGACAGCUACCUCAACAUAGGUGCAGAGGUGUCUGUGUUUUACGUGAGCUCCCGGCCACACUCUGUUAACCUGGACCACGAAGGGCUGGUGUUCAGCGGGCUGUUCCUCUACCUCUGUGACUCCUUCGUGGUGGCCGACCUGCUGAAGAAAUUCAAGUUCCUCAAAGGCGCCACGCUGUGUGUGAUCUGCCAGGACCGCAGCUCCCUGCGCCAGACCAUCGUGCGCCUGGAGCUGGAGGACGAGUGGCAGUUCCGCCUGCGGGACGAGUUCCGGACAGCCAACGGCAGCAACGAGCGGCCCCUCUACUUCCUCACGGGGCGCCACAUCUGAGCGCGCCCGCCCGCCCUCGCCUCGCCGCCCGAGAUGAUAAUCAAUAUGCGGAGAAUGUAACCCAGCGCUCGCUGGCCACAAUCAGUUCUGGACAAAACCCGAGCCGUGCCGCCCAGAGCUGUAGGCCUCUGACCACAUCUGGCACCCUACUCGCGCUCUUGCUUUCAGUACAAGAUGGCUGCCUGCCUGCCCCACACACCUUAAACUGCACUACUUUCGCACCAGAGGCCUCUCUAAAUCUCCGCUUCAGUCAGGCACGUGGGCACGUGCAGAUGCCUCACGGCCCAGGUGACUGAGGAUGCUCACGUGGGAGGGGCUUGUCCGGCGAUGCCCAAAGCGGGACGCCUGCUGAUCCGAUGUUGCGUGCGCAGCUCGUGGGAGCUGGCUCGGGUGUUCUUCUGAGGGGCUCGCGCCCCCUGGCGUGUGAAACGUCAAAGAUUGCCGACCAAGGGACAAGCCUGUGGUUUGCAUGCUUACUGUACUUGAUGUACAGUACAUCUCAGGGGUUUAAAAAAAGCUUAAUACUUUAAAGAAGAAAUAAUUAGUCUUGUUCUCUGAAUGUGAAGUGUUCCUGUUUCAUAUUGUAUCAUGUGUUUAAGCAGCGCAGAGCUGAGGAUGAGCAGGUGCUGACACGCAGACUUUGUUGGUCUGUGUCUCCCUCCUCCUGUCCCUCCCUACAUUCCUCCUUUCUUAUAAACAGUGCAGAUCGACUCCAGAAUGUGAGAGCAGCCCAGGGAAAGUUCCCAACUGGGGAAGCUGAAAGCGCAAUUUUGCUGUUGAACAGGGAUAGAAAACACCAGUCUAUUUUCAUGAAACUUGUUCUAGCCCGCCUAUCGCCUGCAGCUGAGGCAGGGCAAGCCAAAAAACGGCGUUGACAUGGCUGCUAUUGGACUGUGACUUGUUGCCAGCCAUGUGAUGUGCCUUGUUAGUGGUGAACUGUUAUCCACAACCUGAAUGUGACAUUUCGUAGAGUUGAGUGAGGCAGCCCCGCCAUUCAGGUUUUUUACACAGGUAUAAACACAAUCUUGUGCAGUGUUGCAAUGCAGGGGAAAGGCAGGCUUCAGUGUCUGUGUGACAAGGUUGUGUCGGCGCUGUCCUAGAACAGCAAUGCUCGAGCAGCCUGCAGCUGUGAGAGAGCGGCACAGCGCAUGUGGCCUAUACGUACACCAGUUGCUGCGACUGAAAGAUGAGCUUUAUCUGACGCGUUGCACAGAUGAAGGUGAAUCGUGCCGUUAUCUUCACUUAGACGGGAUGUCCUCUUGACUUAUGGAAUGUACUAAAGGCACUAACCACCAGAGCCCGCGGGGGCUAGGGGACUGGCAGGUGAGUGCUGUAGUGUGCUCCCUGCUCUUCCCCUCCCCAUCACCAGGGGCUGCAGACUCCUGUCUGCCGCUCGCUCGGCGGGGGCUGUGGGGGUGUGCCUCGUGCCUGGUACCCUGGUUCUUAAAGGCCCGGAAAGGCUGAGCAAGACUGAAAAGAGUCUGUUUUUUCACCCACGUUUGCUAUUUCUCCUAACACGAAUGCCUUUGCGCCGUGCCUCAUGACGUAGUGGAAGCCCCGUGCGUCGCUGGCGUGUCGGUGCUCUAGGUGGAGGUCACUGCGCGAUGCCCGCAACACUGACGCGUUGUUUUACACGGUCGAGAAUACCUGACCUUCAGUUUUUAACAACACGCAGCGUUUGUGUGUUUGUGAGACUAUAUAGUAAGAAUGUAAACGCAACACAGUUUUCAGCUUUCAUAGACCAAAGUAAACAGUUCUAUUUCAAUAAAUACAGUAAGUGGUCAGAUUUUUUUCUAACAUUUAAUAUUAACUGCACAGAGUAGUACAAAGAAUAUGCCUUACAUAUAAAACUUUGAUUUUUAUAAAUCAGGGUUGCCAAUCAUGCUAUUGUCUUGAUACUUACUGAUGGAGAGACCUGAAUUGCAGAGACCUGUUUUUUACUCCACAUUUUCAUUAACUGACCCCAUAAAAAUGAAAACGUGCACCCCUGUUUCCCCGGGCCCUCUGGCCUUCUGGUCUUACGGAGCUAUGGUGAUUGACUACAGUUCCCAAGGCUUAUUUAUCCAGAAGGUCUUUUUGCUUUGAUCCUGUUGGGUGGACAGCUGAGCUUUUAAAAGUUAUUUUGGGCUGAAAUGUUUUAGACGUUGAAGUGAGAACAACUGACAAUAGGAUAAAGAAAUUGUGCAUUUUUACUUUUAUUUUCUUAACAUGCUUCGUAUCAUUUUGCCUUGCUUGGCUUGGACACUGGGCUGGACAAUUGGCUGCAAAUAGAUUUGGAUCCGAGCUGCGAUCCUACAGGCUAUAGAGGGGAACUCUAGAAUUACGUUUCUACAGCAGGGGCCUGUUAAAGCCAUUCUUUUAGGGAAGGCAAAAAUAUCAGGAAAGAUAGCAUGGAUUAGCAUUAAUUUAUAUGACUCGCGUUGGCAUGAGUUGAUGGGAAAGGGGCACUUUUAUUGAAAAUGAGUACACAUUUUGAUUUGAUCCGAACUCACAGCUUUGUGUUUACUCAGGGCCGUUGUCCUUGUGUACACAGUUAACAUUUGAGCCUUUCUUACUGACUAUAAAAUGAGGUGGUUGGUCACCCUGAUGUACAUUCGGCACCAGCGGUCCAGUCCACCAUGCUGGGAUCGCUGGGGUCAGGACUCUCUACUCUAAACGUGGAGCACAGACCAAUUUGGAUGAAGGCACCUGCUACUCCUGCAUCUGUACAGAGGGAAGGAUGUGUUUUAGUGUUAGGUCUGUCUUAAAAUGAGACAAGCAGUGUUUACAAAAUCUAGUAUAAUAUAUUAAAUCAACCCUACCAGCAAUUAGGGUUUCAUAUUUUGUAAUCAGCAGUCACUUUGUCAGUGCUUUAAUAUAUUUCUGUAAAUGUGGUCGCCUAGGCACAAAGAAUCUACCUAAAUUUCUUUACCACUUGUGUAUGUCUAGCAUUUCUACUUUGAAAAAUAUAUUUAAAACAAAAAGGAAAAUCCUUUUUUGAGAAGGAUCAUUAUUUAUUGAAAGAGGGUUUUGAGCGGAUAAUCAUUUUAGUUUGUAGGUGACCACGUGCAGAAGGUUUCGGCUAUGUUUUUAUAUCGUGAGAAGGCGCAUUAAAACUUCACACAAGACCACUUUGCACAGCAUCACUGAAAUCUACUUUGUACUGUUCUGUAUGUUAGUGUGGGCUGAGAAACGUCUAUGCCUAGAGAAAGCAGAAACUUGCACUACAAGCUGAAACUGGUAGCCAGUUCUGAGUAGUCUUAAUCUUAUACUAAAUCCAUUAGGUAAUAAAGAAAAACUACUGAAAUUCAACAGUGGAUGUGAAGUAUUUUGUUCUUGGUUGUAGAAAAUUAGUUGUGCACAUAACUUAUGCAAUUUGCUUAUGGAAAUUUCCAGAGAUGCAUUGUUUGAAUUGCUGCUUUAAAAUUCAAUACUUUUCUUUUUCUAUAUGUGUAAAGAAAGAUAAGCCUAGUGGCGUCCUUGUCGCCUGUGUGAUCUACCUCAUAUUUACCAUUUUUUUGGACCUGUGAAUACAUUGUUGGAAAUGUGCUUUUUGGUUAACUUGAUGAAUGUAAUAAACUGACGUUUAAACACA